CUCAAAGUCAGAGAUGGAAACAGUAACAGGGAAGUUGGUAGUUGAGAAAGUGAGAGGGAAAUCAACUGUCACAAGAUGCUUCUCUAAAUACCCUCUUAAAUUCAUCAUCCCCAAUAAGGUGGGUUCUUCGGAAACUGAUGCGGUUUGGAUUUAUACUCUCACUUAUGGUGGUGGGAUUGUUUCUGGAGAUUCUAUUUCUUGUGAAUUUAGUAUUGGAGAUGCCUGCACUGUUGUUUUAACUACCCAAGCUUCCACCAAGGUGUAUAAGUCUCUGGGGUCUAAGUGUUCUGAGCAAAUCAUGGAGGCAAGAGUUGGAAGUGGUGCCCUUUUAGCUGUGAUUCCGGAUCCUGUGACAUGUUUUUCCACUGCAAGAUAUUCUCAGAAACAAAUCUUCAGAGUGGUUUCAGACUCAAAUUUGGUUAUUGUCGAUUGGAUUACCAGUGGACGCCAUGAAAGUGGCGAGAAAUGGGAUUUUCAACUAUAUAAGAGCACCAACAACAUAUUUGUAGAUGGCGAUCUGCCUUUGUUUCUCGAUACGGUACUGCUAGAACAAGGAGGCAUUACCAACAUUGCAGAACGCAUGCGAGAUUACCAGGUCAUUGCAAUGGUCAUACUUUUGGGGCCAAAGCUGAAGCAUAUUCAAAAUCAAGUUCAAGAAAAUGUGAAGAGGUUGAUGUCUGAGCAAUUAUACGCUCCUUCCAUUGGAUUGAGCCAUCAUGGGAAAACAAACUCUGAUCAUCGUUUGGCCAAACCAACCUUUAUUGCUUCUUGUAGUGUCUUUGGUCCUAAGGGAAUAGGUAUUGUUGUUCGAAUAGCUGCCAUGACAACUGAAUCAGUAUACAGGUUCCUGCAGCAUCAGUUAUCUGGCAUGGAGCCACUACUCGGCGUAUCCCCGUAUUGUUGAAAAGGGGCUAUGAUAAUUAUUCAUCUCGUUGAAGUUAUUGAACAUGGAGGCUUUUUCCUGAUGUGCUAUCGUCGCAUCAAUCGGUUUCGAGAACAGGGUGGUAAUAAACCAGUGG